GCACGUGGCGCGCCCGGCAAGACUCGGCGGCCGUGGGGCGUGGGCGGCCCCGCCGGAUGGAAUCAGAGGGGCUUCCCCUUCUCCCCCCCCGUGCGCAUUUGGCAGAACCCCGAGGCCCCCCCACGCAAAGCUCAGGCGGACGGGCAGCGCCUCGCCGUAGCCGCCGCGCUGGAUGGAGCGGCUCGAAGGAGGCGGAGGCGAAGGAGGAGGGCGAGGGCUGCCGCCGUUGCCGUCGGCUUAGGAGCACCGCGGCCGGAGGAAGAGAAGGAGGGCGCCGCCGGGGCCGCCUCGGUCGCCCAGUGCUUCAACUCCUUUCCUGUAUUGCAUCUUCUGCAGCCUCCGGUCCAACCAUGGGGAAACAGAACAGCAAGCUACGUCCAGAGAUGCUCCAAGAUCUCCGAGAGAACACAGAGUUCUCGGAUCUGGAGCUCCAAGAGUGGUACAAAGGCUUCCUCAAGGACUGUCCCACUGGCAUCCUCAACGUGGAGGAGUUCAAGAAGAUCUAUGCCAAUUUCUUCCCUUAUGGCGACGCCUCCAAGUUCGCUGAGCACGUCUUCCGCACCUUCGACACCAACGGUGACGGCACCAUCGACUUCCGAGAGUUCAUCAUUGCCCUGAGUGUCACUUCCCGGGGGAAACUGGAGCAGAAGCUGAUGUGGGCUUUCAGCAUGUAUGACCUUGAUGGGAACGGCUACAUCAGCCGAGAGGAGAUGCUGGAAAUUGUGCAGGCCAUCUACAAAAUGGUCUCCUCCGUGAUGAAGAUGCCUGAAGAUGAGUCGACACCUGAGAAACGGACAGAAAAAAUCUUCCGGCAGAUGGAUACCAAUAAUGAUGGCAAGCUGUCUCUGGAAGAGUUUAUCAAGGGGGCAAAGAGUGAUCCUUCCAUUGUGAGGCUGCUGCAGUGUGACCCCAGCAGUGCCUCCCAGUUCUGAGCACCUCCCUCGCUGUGCGGCAGGAGGAGGCAGCGUUCCGAAACAGCACCGCAACCUCGCUCCACCCCAAGGAGGCGACCAGCUUCCCCUUACCUGCCCCCCCCUUGGAGAAAUGGACAUGUUCCCAAGGAAGCAAACAGCACUGCCAGUCUGGUUUUUUCCGGACUCAUCGGUUCCCUUCCCUUCUCCUCCCCUGAACACUGUCGUUGUGUUUGACUGUUACUUUGCUGGGUGUGUGUGUGUGAGGAGGCUCCUGGGGGGGCGAGGGUGGUAGCAGCACAAAGGGGAGACAAAUAGACAGGUUCAUUUUUUGUGAGGUGUUGGCAUUUGGUUUUGCAAAAUGUAUUCCUCACUUGAUAACUGCUUCUAGUGUGGUGCAUGUGGCUUGCUCGUAGCGCACUAUAACUGUGGCUGCAUGUGUUAUGUGUGUGUGCGUCUUUGAUUUACAAGAGCAGAAUGCUUGGGGUGCAGUUCAGUCUCCUAAGAAUCCUGUGGUGUCUGUUGCUUUGAAGCAAGCCCAGCAGGCCUUGGGACUGCCAGGAGAAACUUUUGAAAAGGUGGGAGUGAAAUCCCAGAAGGCAGCGGGAGGGAGAGGAGAAGGGAAGAGGUCACUGAGCAGGUCCUCUUGCCAUGGUCAGUUGCUCAGUAUUCUGUGUAGCUCCUGGCCCCUCAACCCAAAUUAGCCUUCACGAACCUGGUAGCCUCCAGAUGUUUUGAACUACAACCCCCAUCUGGGGCUGAUGGGAGUUGUAGUCCAAAACAUCUGGAGGGCACUAGGCUGCUGAAGGCUGAUUAAAAUAAGCACAAAUACAGAAAUUUGCAUUCAGGAGGAUUUCUUUCUAGCAUAGAGUUAGUAGUUUUGGCCCAUAGCACCUGCAAUCCUGAUUGUCAUUGAAUUCAGAUGGUGCGGUCUCAUACUUUCAAUACUUUGAAUGCAAGCAAUCCUGUGUCACCGAAAGGUGCUGAGCUAAAUGCCCUGCAGAUGGCCACACAUAACAUAAAGAACCUGGUGGGGAAUCACAUAUUGAUAGCAGGUAGGGCUAUUUAUUUAUUUGGGACAUUUCUCUCCCGUCUUCCUUGCAUUUUUGUUUGUGGGGCACAGCACAAUCCCUGGGAGGGCAGAGGGAGACCUCCAGGCCAGGCCCACUGAAAUCAAGAGCACAACCCCAUUUCCAUAGCCAUUUCAAACCUGCAGCUCGGGAGUGCACCCUGGAGCACCUGGGCAGUCUCGCCUUUCCCUCCACCAGCCCCUGAAAGGCUGCAAGGGCCCCCAGCCAGAGGUUGGCCAUUCACUUUAGCAUCUCCAAAGCACUUUACAUACCUUAUUUAUUUAUUAGCUACAUUUAUAUCCUGUCCUCCUCCCUGAAAGAUGUCCAGGGCAGCUAUCAACAUAAAAUCAAAUAAAACAAUGUACAGUGUGCAACAACUAAAAGCUACAGUAAUAAAAAAAGACACUGCCUAACAACAUCUAUCCCCUUCCAAAGAUCUAGGCAAAUAAAAACGUCUCCAAAUCCCUCUUGAACAUGACCAUUUAACCUCUAAAGGUGGGCCAACAUUCUCAUCCCUGUAUUACAGAUUGAAGGCUGCGGGGGAACGAUGCCUCAGUUGAGAGCCCAGAAUGGGUGUUGGGCCAAGGUGAGAUUUGGCCCAGGGGCAUCCUUAUGCACAGCUCAGACUCAAUUUGUACUCGGAGAGUCUCCAUGCCUCAAUAAACAGACACAUCCACUUUCCAUGUUUCACUGUGUGUGCGUGUGAUGUAGCUGCAUU